AUGCGACUGCUCAUGACGAUGGGACCUGGUCUCAUGGUUUGUUUCGCAGACACAGAUGGCUCCUGUCUCAUCACUGCUGCUGAUUCUGGAUCCGAGUGGAGAUACAAGCUCCUCCUGCUCCAAAUCAUCUUGGUCCCCAUCCUCUAUUGCGCGCAGGAGCUCACCGUGCGACUAGCGCUGGUGCGCGGGAAGGGCCUGUGCGCGCUGAUUCGGCAAGAGGCCGGCCCAAGAUGGGCUUGGAUCGUAGCUGUGCCGCUCCUCCUAGACUGCGUCCUCGCUCUGAUUUCGGAGCUGAAUGUGGUAGGGCAGACGCUCCUGGCCUGUUGGGGCUGUCCGCUGUGGGUUUCCUGCACACUCUUUGCCUUGGCGCUCAUGCUGCUCGCCCUGACUGGCAGCUAUGCAGUGGCAGAGAAGGUUGGAUUGGCCAUGGGUAUACUGCAAGUGUUCUUUUUCGCGACGAUCUUCAUGAAUCGCCCGAGUGGUAGCGAAAUCUGGUCUGAUCUUUGGACCUUUCCGCUGUCCCUUAGCUGCAGAGCUACCAGCACAUAUUCAGGAGUACUCAGCGAGGCCUUGCAUCUUUGCUACAUAGGUUCCUGA